UAGUUUUUAGAGGCUCAGGGUGGAAGGGUGGUGGUAGCGGCAGCCAAGGCAGCGAGGGGUCUCAGAGGUGCUCGGAUUCUCGUGGCUGUGCAGGGAUUUAACCACCACCAUGUCGAGCAAAAGGGCAAAGACCAAGACCACCAAGAAGCGCCCUCAGCGCGCAACAUCCAACGUGUUUGCCAUGUUUGACCAGUCACAGAUUCAGGAGUUCAAAGAGGCCUUCAACAUGAUUGAUCAGAACAGAGAUGGUUUCAUUGACAAAGAAGAUUUGCAUGAUAUGCUUGCCUCACUGGGGAAAAAUCCAACUGAUGAGUAUCUGGAUGCCAUGAUGAAUGAGGCUCCAGGCCCGAUCAAUUUCACCAUGUUUCUCACCAUGUUUGGUGAGAAGUUAAAUGGCACAGAUCCUGAAGAUGUCAUCCGAAAUGCUUUUGCUUGCUUUGAUGAAGAAGCAACUGGCACCAUCCAGGAGGAUUACCUGAGAGAGCUGCUGACAACCAUGGGAGAUCGGUUUACAGAUGAGGAAGUGGAUGAGCUGUACAGAGAAGCACCCAUUGACAAAAAGGGGAAUUUCAAUUACAUUGAGUUCACACGCAUCCUUAAACAUGGAGCAAAAGACAAGGAUGACUGAAAAGAACUUCAAAUUCCAGCCAAACGUUUCUUGUUGCCACGUGGAGUAUUUCUGAGAUUUUCUCUUAGAGCCUGUUGCAUGCCCUUAGCUUUACAGCUUUUGCCUUUCCUGUUGUAUUUAUUCUCAGCAACUUUGGGCACAUGUAUCUUUAUAAUCAGACUUGA